ACUAAGGGUCGUACUAGCCCAACAACUUGUUCAGCUGAAUGUGGACGUAAUUGUUGUCAGAAGAUCUGAGGUGUGAGAGCAUGCUCCGACUCUCCCACAAUGAAAACGCUUGGCAGCGUAAACCCUCAGGGAUGUCUGUUGUCGUUGCUUCGAAGUUCCCCCGCCAGUGCUCCGCAUAUUCAGGUCAGAUACAGAGACGCUUGCAUCAUAUCUGCUUCGACAGGCAAUUGCCGUCAGUGGCAGUUGCAGAUACCUGUGGUUGGUGGUCAGUCGCGCAGACAGGCAGCACAGGAGGACAGGUAUGUAGUUGCCAUGGCAGUGGAAAGCAGAUACAGAGACACUUGCAUAUCUUCUGCUUCGACAGGCCAUUGCCGUCAGUGGCAGCAGUGGCAGUUGCAGAUAUCUGUGGUGGUCAGUUGCGCAGACAGGCAGCACAGGAGGACAGGCAGGUAGUUGCUGGCAGUGGAAGGCAGGGAGUCAAAUGCAGCCAGUUGAAGAGAAGUUGCAGGCAGGGUAAUGCAGGCAGGCAGGCAGGCAGGCAGGUGCAGACAGAGGAAGUUGCAGAUGGGAAGUUGCAGGCAGAGGAAGGCAGGCAGAGGAAGGCAGGAAGGAAGUUGCAGGCACAGGGUAAACGGAGGCAGGAAGUUGCAGGGAGGGUAAUGCAGGCAGGCAGGCAGGCCAUUCCAGGUAGGGGGAGGGCGGGCAGGAUCGCAGUCACAGGCAGGGGAAGGCGGGCAGGCGGGCACACCAUCGGCGGCAGUGGGAGGCAGGUGAUUGCAGGGAGGAGAAGGUAGGUGGAGUGCAGGUACAGGCAGUCGCAUUUGCAGGAAGUGAAGCGCACAGGACGACCAGAAAGCGUUCCCACACUUGGCUGAGGAUCCUGGCUGUUGUCAUGUUGGGCCAAGCUUCACGUGGCAAAAGCUCCCAGCAAUCAGAAAGCCUGAUAUGAUAAUGUACCAAUGUCCGAGGAGUAUUCUGAGCUAUGAAAUGUUAUGUGCCAGGUGAUAGCUCCAUGCUCAACGACGUGCCAUCUGUGCGGAUGGGUUUGCGCACUGCCUCUGCUAAGGACUGGAUUCCUUGUCCACUCACAAGUCUAUGGAUGAUAACAAUAUUUUGACAUGAGCGAGCAACUGAAUGAUAACAGACAAUGUUGGGCAAAAGAAAUGCCGAGGGUGUGGCCUGCGGUUUUAUGAGCAAGUGACAACGGUGUCUGUCUGUGUUACCACUUACAAAGAAACUGGCUACCUUUGCACAUUGGCGACACGUGACGGAAUGGUUAUGAUACGCUAUUCAUCUCUCUCUCUCUCUCUCUCUCUCUCUCUCUCUCUCUCUCAAAAAAAAAGAAAAAAAAAARAAAAAAAAAAGAAUAAAAUAAUAUUGGCGAC